AUGCUUGUGAAUGAAACCGACUUACCUUUGACGGUUACACGACGACGCGUUACUGCAUCUGGUGUUAGUGCGAAUCCGAACGUGAAUCACAUUCCUCCAGAAGACUCCAUUAAAUUGAAAACUAGCCCAUUCUCAUCGUUUGCAAAUCUUUCUGCAUCAUUGUGGUCUUCUGCGCAGCACACUUUUUCUGGCACACCUUGUGGUACCUCUCCAUCCCUAGAUUAUCUUGGAAGCAAUUCGAAGAACUCGGAGUGUAGACAAAGUUCAUCAAUAAACUUUAUUAAAGUGACUGAAGCAAUGCCAUCUCGGGAUCGUACUGGCGAGUUUCGUACUACAGCGAAAUCCUAUCAGAUGAAAAUGAAUGGAGUCAGUGGCUAUCCGCUAAGAGAGCCGAGAAUACAACAAUCAGUACAGUUCGCGCAACUUGCAAAACGUAUUGGGCGUGAUUUAAGUUUAACAUGUGCAAAAAUGGAGAAGUUAACUGAAUUAGCCAAACGACGGUCUUUAUUUGAUGACCACAUGAUGGAAGUGGAAGAAUUAGCACAAGUGAUAAAGCAUGAUAUAACGGGAUUAAAUAAGCAGAUAGCAAUGCUACAAGAAUUUUCAAAAAGUAACGGUAAUUUCAACAAAAAGAAUCAAGGACAUGGGCAUUCACAGUUGAUUGUUGUUGGACUUCAAUCAAAGUUGGCGGGUGUUAGCAAGGAUUUCCAGAAUGUAUUGGAAUUACGAACAGAGAAUCUGAAGCAACAAAGAUCGCGUCGCGAAAAAUUCAGUCAGAGUCAACCUGUGCCGUCGGGUUUGCCGCCAUUUGUUAAUUCCGGAAGCUCAGGUUCAGUACUAUUACAAGACGAAAUGAAAGCUUCAUCAUCAGUAGCGAUAGAUAUAAAUACGUUAGAGCAACAAAGAUUACAACAACAGAUUUCAUUAAUUAGUGAACAGGACGCAUAUUUGCAAGCUCGUUCAAGCACAAUGGAAAAUAUUGAAAGCAGCAUAUCAGAGUUGGGGCAGAUCUUCCGUCAGCUCGCUUCACUAGUCACUGAGCAAGGUGAAAUGAUCACCCGAAUUGAUUCGAACGUUGAAGAAACAUCAUUAAAUGUUGAAGCUGCUCAUACUGAGUUGGUCAAAUAUUUUCAUUCAAUAUCGCAAAAUCGGUGGUUGAUUAUCAAAGUUUUUGGUGUACUUUUCUUCUUCUUUGUGAUAUUUAUCAUUUUUCUCAGUUAG